AUGUUGAGGAACUUGCUCCCGAGGUUGUCGCAAUUUGUGAGUCAAGCUUCCGCAUCUGGAAGGUGGUAUCCACAGCCAACGUAAGGUUAUAAUUUCUCUUCUAUGGUCUUAAUGAGAAAAGCGCACCAAAUUUGUGUAAUGGGCAUUGGCUGUUGUUACUUAUAGCCGUUUUAUUUUCAGAUCGUUUCGAUCACACAGCCAAUGCCCUGAACAAAGCGAUCUUCAGCAGAUGGUUCCAACAGCGAAAGAACUAGGGCUGCCUCGCGAAAUGCAUUCCCCAUCUAUGCCAUGUCUACCUGAUGGGGCUGUCUAUAAAUUGAAAAAAGGGAAAGGAGGAGAACUUUUGGCUGACUAUAAUCUUUUUGUGUUUGCGAUUUAAAAAUGUGAGUUAGACUGGAAUACUUACAACGCGAUGACUUCUGCCUAGCUCUCAUUAGAAUUUGUAAACUUUUAGUUAUGAGUUAUCAAUCCACCGUUCUCGACCACCAAAUCCUGGAAUUCAUCGAAGAACUCGUUGUGUUGUUGUAGACAACUCGGCCAUUGGGAAAGAAGCGAAUAGCAGUGGCCGAUUGGCCUACUGUAUUCAUGUUUACAAGAAAGGCUACCGGCCAAAACAUAUGCCCCACGCAACAUUAGGUGACAAGGUCAGUAAAUGGAGAAAUUGUUAAUUUUCCAACCCUUACAGAUAUUGGUUGCCAUAAAAGGGGAGAUGAAGAAGGCUUAUGUUGUUGGGGCUAACACGCAUGUCAACUACAGAAAACAUGGAAUUCCUUCUACUGACACCAACAAUAUUGUUUUAUUGGUAUGUUUCUCAUCAAAUUCUUUAGUCAAUUUUUUUAGGAUGACGAGGGAAAUCCGAUUGGCAAUAGGGUUUUGGCCCCGAUCCCUGGAACUCUGCUUAAGAAGAGGGAUAAUAUCGAGAUGGCCAAGAUUGUUUCGUUAGCCACAAGAUUUGUUUAG